AAUCAACAAGCCGAGAAAGCUAAACACUAGCUAGCAUUCUAAAGCUAUCAUUCCUCUUCCACUCUUAGGAAUUACUUGACAUAAAUACAUUAUAAGGGCGAUAAUCUUAGCAUUAUGUGUUAGAGCCUUUCUAGCUAACCUAAAUUACUAAGCUAGCUACUUAAUGUUAGCUUACCUCCAUCCGUAGCUUGGCUGUUUCUGCUGUUUUGUUGACGCCUAGCUGCAAAAAAGAAACCGAAGCAGGGGAUAAGUGACUAUGGCCGACCCUGCACGGAUCAAAGCUGAGGGUACACCUGACAGAGCAACGUCUGCUAACGAGGACCAUCCUAAUGUUAAAUCAACGGAAAUUGAAGAUGUGUCAGCAACAGCAAAACCUGCAGAUGAAAGCAAGGAGUCAUCCUCGCAAGAUCAGCCCAAACAGGAUCAUAAAUCUGAAAUGGCAGCAGGGGAAGAUGAGGAAGAAGGAACCUCUGGCCAACCACCUUCUAAAAGACUGAAGGUGGAACCAGAGAAGAAGAAGGAGAAGCGCCACAAGGUCGAUGAGGAUGAAAUACAAAAGAUGCAAGUUUUGGUGUCAUCAUUUUCUGAGGAGCAGCUGAAUCGCUAUGAAAUGUACAGACGCUCUGCCUUCCCCAAGGCUGCCAUUAAGAGGCUGAUCCAGUCCAUAACUGGGUCAUCAGUGUCCCAGAAUGUGGUGAUUGCCAUGUCUGGUAUUUCCAAGGUUUUUGCCGGGGAAAUUGUUGAGGAAGCACUGGAUGUUUGUGAGAAAUGGGGCGAUACACCACCGCUUCAGCCCAAGCAUAUGAGGGAAGCAGUGAGGAGGUUGAAGAGCAGAGAUCAGAUUCCCAACUCCAAGUACAAGCACAUCCUCUUUCACUGACGCACCGUCGGACCAUCGACAGAUACAUAGUGGUGCCAUAGCGUGUGGAGAACGUGUCAAGACGCCUCUGUAGCCAUAUUGCAGCCAACUAUACUGAUAAUUCUCUUCUAAACAUGCUCAAGGUCAGUGACUGUAGUAAAAAAGAAUGGUGAAUACUCUGAAGCUGCCAUUCACCUCCAAUUGUCAGUAUGAAUCCUAAAUGCAACAGUUCACAACAUUAGUUUAAAUGGUGUGAAAUUAUAUUUGUGUAUUAUGGUUGUAAAUACAGUACAUUUCAUAUGUAUUAAAUGCUUUGUUCAGUUAUUUUAAAAAAAACGGAUCUUUUUUUUUAGCUGGGAAUGUUACGUGAUGCCUUAUAAGUUAAAAUAACAAAAAUGUGCCCUUGUUUGUUUUUAUAGCCACACAGCCCACAAUGAGUUCAUUUCAACAAACAUUUGAGUCCUUUUUCAAAUUAUAAAAUCCCUAGUGUGAGUAGUUUACUGUGUUUACUCAAAGCAUCUAAUGGUUGAUGUGACUUGAGAAGGGUUUAAUGAUAUGGAACUUUUUUCUAUAUUAACAGGGAAAUUGUUUCAGACAAAACUUUAAAUAAUUCAGCUCAUCUCAGACUUGAUUGAGUUAGUCUCACAAUACUUAAAGAACUAUGUUUAGAACUACUUCUACUACUUAGAAUAACUUAAGUUUUGUUGGGAAAUAUAUCAAACUAUGGAUCACAGUACUACAAUAACUGGAGGGAGACUUGAACAGACACGUUUCUGUACAUUUUAUGACAUCAAAAAUAUGCAUGCAAUAGGUGUUACGGUUGGACAGAAACAUGCAUUUUUUUUUAUUAAAACCUUAAAAGCACAACUGAAAUGUGUUCAGCAAUUAAUCAUUUAUUCUUUCACUUUUAAAAUAUUUUCCACAUACAAGCUUUGGUUCACAGAACCAAUUCAACAUUAGUCUCAGUGAAGUGAUAAAGACAAUACAAAAUUCAAUGUAACUCUACACAACUGACAAAAAUACUGUCCACAGGGUCUCCAACAUUUGCGUCACUUAGGAAGAUUUCACAAGGACUUCUCUGCAAUCCUUUGAAGUGAUUUACAUUAAAACAAGUGCAAUUUCUAGUGAAUUUAUCACACAAGUGCAAAUAAUUCACAAGGCGUAAACUAUACAUCACUUCAGUACAUGCAUCUGGUUUUCCGGUGGCAAAGAUUUUGCCAAGUCAGUCAUAUGACAAGACAAAACAUCGCUCAUCUUGAAGUGAGUCUUGCCUCACUUUCCGUCCAUCCUUUUUGCAUGGUUGUGAGCAGAUGGAACUCAGAGCACCAGUUUGUCAGCAGAGCAGAGAUGCUACUUAACACUGAGGCCUGACUGAGGAGAGGGAAACUGGAUAAACUUUACAGCUACAUGUUGCAUCCAGCAUGGGAAGUUAAAAUUUGUACCGCUGUAUAUUUGUCUACUAAGGCCAUGCAAAAACAUAAACACUGAAAGCUGGGAAGAAGAUCACAACUAUAAGUGAUACUGAGGUUAAAGGGCAGUAUCUUAUUACACAGAUUGAGGAUGUGUUGAGUACACAUGCAGGUGAGAUGAAAAUCUUUUUUGUUUAUAUAUUAGUCACCUUCAAAAAUGUGUAGUGUUACUGUUUUGUCAUUUUUUUGGUUACACCAAAGCUGUCUUUCUAUUGCUUCAAAUAUGUGACAUUCCUCUCUAAGAAUGCAAAUCUGUCAUUCAUAGCUUGCAAGGCAACCAAAGUUAAAAAAAAAAAAAAAGAAGAAAAGCUAAAGAUAAUAUUUUGAGUGGGGAGUGCUCUGGCAAGUCUUCGCCACCAGGGGUCUCCCAAGCACACAAUGGGAAAACAUUUAAGUUGUAACAGCUGUGCAAUCACUAAGGUGGGCAUAUCUCCACAGGCUUAACCACUGAUUUCACAAUAGAACAUUUGUACAUAAAAUGUAGCUCAGAGAGAGGUCUUUUUCAUGGAAGCAUUCAUCAAAUGAAUAUUAUCCUGUUAAACAGUCUCUUUGCUGAACAAAUCCAUCAUUGUUUGAAUCUAUGCAUAUAUGAUUUAUGCAUAGAAAAAGGAAAGCAAUAAAUUUAAAUGGCAGCUGGCUUGAUCGGUAAAAUCUGCAGCAGAUCAGGAUUAAACCUACUGAAAAAUAUUAGUUUUUGUAGUGAAUUUGAUCACAGACAUGACAAACUGUGUGUACACACAUACAGUAUCAGUAGCACAGCUUGCUUCAUUUCCGUUGAUUGAUAUGGCUUCAAUACACUGUAAAGUAACUCAGGUCUAACAAAAACACAAGCUUGGAAAAAUCUAAAUAAAUAUACACAAGUUAAACAACA